CCCAGCUGCCUGCGGCCACGGCGGGUCCUCUGCGAGAAGUGCAAGAGCACCCUGAGCCCCCCGGAGGCUGGCCCCGCGCCUCCGGCCACCCCCCGGCCUCGCAGGAGACUGGGCAGUGGCUCUGACCCAGACAGGGAGCUCCGCAAACAUGAGGACCCAGAUGGCGGGGGUGAAACCACGGCCUCGGCCACCACCAGGAGAAGCAAGAGGGAGAGGCGGGAGGAGGACCAGGCUCUGGUCCCACGGAGCCCGGCCAUCAAGAUCUCCUACAGCACACCUCAGGGCAAGGGCGAGGUGGUGGAGAUCCCUUCCCGCGUGCAUGGCUCCCUGGAGCCCUUCUGCCCCCCGCAGGCCCUGCCCAGCGCCCCAGACCCCGAGGCAGCUCGGGACAGGCCACCUGACGGGCCCUCCGCCUCCAUCCCGAAGCUGAAGCUGACACGGCCCGUGCCCCCCAGUGCUGACCUGCCGCCCCCCAAGAUCCGCCUGAAGCCCCACCGCCUGGGCGCUGGUGAGCAGGAGCCUGUCUAUAGGGCUGAGCUGGUGGAGGAGCUCAACGGCCGUGGGCAAGGUGCCCAGGCCAGCUCCCCUGCCCACCCUGCCUCUGGCUCUGCCCACGGUGCCCUGGCGGACUUGUCUUCGGGAAGUUCUGGGGAGGACGACGACUUCAAGACAUGUCGCCAGGGUAAACACGGGCGCGACAGCCUGGCUUUUCUCACCAGCUGCUCUGGGAGCAGGACAGACUAUGCCCGGGAGUCGCUGUGGAGCAGCGACAGCCUGGACGAGUCCAAAUCGUCCAGCUCAGAAGUCACGUCGCCAGACACAUGUGACCUCUCCUCUGGCGAUGGCGUGUCCGUGCCGUCCACCUCCAAGCGCGCAGGGCAGACCGUUCCGCCCCUGACGGUCAGGCUGCACACGCAGAGCAUCUCCAAGUGCGUGACCGAGGAUGGAAGGACCGUGGCCGUAGGGGACAUCGUGUGGGGUCACCGACGAUGAGGGCAUGGCCGUUCUCCUGGAGCUUCCGACUUCGGGGGUGUCCUCCAUGCCCCCCAUUCCUUCCGAGGGGCCCCGCGUGCCUUCUGGCCGGCUGCGUGCAGAACCACGCCAGGCCCGCGGUGGUCAGCCUGGCGCCGGGCUUCCUGGGAGGAGCAGGUGUGUCUGGCUGUAAGGACAGAACCACAGGAGCGCCGCGGGGCCUGGCGGCUGAAUGUAUUUAUUCUCCUGACGCAGACGUUCGCUUUUCUGGCUGUGGAGCAGCGGGAGCCCGGGUCCCCCUCACCCCCUGCGGCCUCAUCCCUCCUGGGCAGGGCUGUCAGCUCAGGGCCUCCCUGCAGGCUCCAGGACACCAAUUGCACGUGUGGGUCCUUCAAGCCCUCACAGGGUCUCUGUGGACUAGAGGGGCGGACACCCUCCCUCCUCCUCCCCGCUCACCCGGAGCUUGGGUCCUACCCGGUGCCCAGCACAGGCUCCAGGGCCCCCGCCCCCAAGAUGCCAGGAGGUACCCGUAUGUGUGAGGCCAUGAGGGCUGUCACUUCGAUAACAGACUUGACCACAGAAAGGACAAAACGUCGCUCUGCUGUUUGUAAGUGUGUGUUCCUUUCCCUCUUUUGUCACUUUAAAGACCAAAAAGAAAUAAGGAAGAAAAAAAAUGAGUUUUGCUCUUUCUUUGUUCAGCGUUUUUGAGAAUAGAGGGAGCUGUGUGUCCACUGAUACCUGUGCCCCCAGAGCUCGGCUGCCCUGUUGAAGGGACCCCGCCCAUGUUGAGGUCUACCCCCCAAGAGAUGGCCACCUGUUCCCAGCUCUGCUGCUCGGGGAGGCAGUGGGUUCUGCCUCCCUGGAGCCCUGUAGGUGACACCGACGUCCCCAGUGGGGUCCUCUGGGUCCCCUCUCCAGGGAGCCCCCUUCCUGCCCCUGCCUUGGGGUCUCAGCAGAGCCAAGGCCCCGCGAGGGGCAGGUGGCCUGGCCUCCGAGUGCCAGGACCCACCUUGAGGGGAGAAGUGGCUGCCCAACGGGUGUCACCUGGGUCUGGGGAAGUACGAGGCAGAGAGAGACAGGGCGUCCUUUGUAAGCUGGGCAUUGCCCCCUGGAGAAACAUGUCUUAAAUGGAGUGACUCGGCUCAGGUUCCCGGAGAUGGUCAGCCAUGUGCAGCUCUGGCCUGGACACUUUUACUCCUGACCACCCAGCCGGGGUCCCCGAGCUCAGGUGCAAGGACAGAGACCCGUACAGGAGCUUUGGAUUCAGCAGCAGCAUCUCAAGCUCCAGGGCUGGGCGAGGCCCUGCAGGAGACACGCAGGCCCUGCCCCGGGCCAACCCCUCCUAAAGGCCAGCUGAGGUCCAGCCCCCAAAUGACCCUCAGGCCUGUAGGCUCCUGGUCUCUCGGCUGUCCAGUCCCUGAUGGCCCAAUGCUGUCCAGUCCUGCUGGGUGCCGUCCUGCUCUGGGCCUGAGUCCGCCGUGCCCACAGCCACCCCCUAGCUCAGGUGCCCAGGAUGGGGUGCCUCUCUCAGGGCUGCCCUCGCUAAAGCCCUCUCAGCCCGUUUGAGGGGCUGGACGGAGCCGAGUCCUGGCUGCUCCCACUGGAGCUGGCCAGUUCUCCACCCCCACCCUACCCAGCCAGGGAUGCUGGCCCCUGGGUGUGCUGGGACAGACAGCAGUUGUAAUUAAAAGGGAAGGCGGCGGCGUGUGUU